AUGGAAGGUGUAGUCAAAGUUUGCGUGACAGGAGCAGCAGGACAAAUCGGAUACUCGAUCAUCCCAAUGAUUUGCUCAGGAAAUCUGCUUGGUCCUAACACCCAGAUUGAUCUCGGACUUCUUGAUAUUCCUCAAUGUGAAGAAGCACUUAGAGGAGUUGUCAUGGAAAUUCAAGACUGCUCAUAUCCACUUAUUACCUCCAUUAGACAUGGAUCAGACCCUCGCGAUAUCUUACGUGACGCUGAUAUCAUCAUCUUCUUAGGAGGGUUCCCAAGGAAGGCAGGAAUGGAAAGAAAAGAACUCCUUCAAAGAAACUGCAAUAUCUUCAAAGAACAAGGAGCAGCUCUAAAUGAAGUCGGCAAGCCAACAACCCUCUGCUUAGUUGUAGCAAAUCCAGCAAAUAUUCUUUGCUAAUAUGAAUAGUUUAUCUUAUUUUUAUAGGAAAUAAUGAUAAAUUAAUUAUAGAGAUUUUAUUUAAAAGGUAUACCAAUUGUUUAAUCUUAGCUCACUAUGCUCCAAAUAUUCCUCGCAAGAAUUUCUCAGCCAUGACAAGAUUAGAUCAUAACAGAUCAAUGCACCAAAUUGCAGCUAAAGCUAGAACUCACAGUAGCGCAGUAAAGAAUGUGACUAUUUGGGGAAACCACAGCUCAACUCAAUAUCCUGAUGUAAACCAUGGCACUGUCAAUGGACAUCCAAUUAAACAAGCUGUUAACGACGAUGCUUGGCUCCAUGGAGAAUUUAUUACUACAGUCCAAAGAAGAGGAGCUGCCAUUAUUGAAGCCAGAAAAUUAUCAAGUGCGAUGAGCGCUGCCAAAGCUGCAGUAGAUCACAUCAGGACUUGGGUCCACGGCACACCAGAAGGAGAGCAUGUAUCAAUGGCUGUUCUCAGUGAUGGAUCUUAUGAUAUUGAUCAAGGACUUUGCUACUCAUUCCCUGUCACUUGUGCUAAUAAAGAAUGGCAUGUUGUGCAAGGACUUCACAUUGACGAAUUUUCUAGAGAAAAGAUGGAAAUUACCAAGAGAGAACUCAUUGAAGAAAGAGACGAAGCACUCAGUUAA